AACACAGGAAACAGAAAACCGCUGGAGAGGAAGAUGGCAAUGUAGCGACAGAGCUCUAGCUAUUAACAGCCACAUUAUAAUAACAGCAGCUCCGCCGCUUAAUAAGCUCUUAAGUAACCUUAAAUCCCCAAAACACAGCGAGCUGAGCAGUGUGAAAUGAAGGCGUAAAGCCGGAGAGAGCUGCAGAGCGCUGUGCGGGGCGGCGGGGAGAUGGAGAAAGAGAAAUUUACAUCUGGUCCCAGCUCCUGGCUGGAGAUGCACAACUUCAUUGGUGACCUCGUGGCCUCAAGCGCAUCAAGCUCGGCCGGUCAGCUGCUGAAAUACCACAACCAGCAGUCUCUCCGCUCUGCCUGGGAGAAUAUGGGACCUGACAUCCCAUCGGCCAAAGCCUUACCCUUGCCUCAGAGCAGCCACAGCAGACAGAGCCAGGGGAAGAACAUGGCAGCGCUGGGUCUGCAGCCCACUGAUAGGGGUGAGGACACUGGGAAUUGUGACGACCAACUACUUCGGCCACAUACCUGCACCUGCCCAGGCUGCCCCCUUUCCUCCAUUUCUAUGGCGCCCACUUUGCAGAGCUUAAAACCCAGGAGUAGUUCUUUCCCCCAGAACCAAUCAGGGCCACCUUCACAGUCGCAAUCCCAAUCCAAAGAUCUCAGCUCAGUCCCAGUCAGCCUUGGCCUCUGUCUUGGCCUGGGUCUCUCCAUAGAGGAGGCCAACAGCGAGCCCAGCAGUACCUCCAACCCUGAGCCAAGCCACCCUGAGCAGCAGGACAAGGGCACGAGCACCCACAGCCCGACGUCUGCGCCAAACUCAAACUCCAACCAUCAGAUUUGCCCUCCAGCCCUGCAAGCCUUCCCUUGCCUGUGCUGCCACCGUGGCUUCCAGCCGUGCGGCCACCUCCUGCGCCCCCAGCAGGGUUCUGACGGCCAUUUGGGUCACACUCACUCGCAUCACCACUACCACCAUCACCACUGUCCCCUAUCCUCUUGCCUGCCGUGCCCACAGUUGCGUGCCGGCGCCCGGUCGCCGCCUCCAUUUCCUUGCCUGUCUUGCCAGCGCACAUUCCCGACUUGUGCGCAGCUCCUGCGUCACCAACAGGGCCACGCCCAGCAAGAGGGCAUCCAGCAGCAGCAUCCAUGCAUGCACUGCACGGCCUCCUUCCCCCGGCCCUCCCAGCUCCUGCAGCACCAGCGCACCCAGCACGCGUCCAAGGCUGGCGGCUUCCUUUGUGCCGAGUGUGGCCGAGCCUUUAACUCCCACAGCAACCUGCGCGUCCAUCUCAACAUCCACACGGGUGCCCGGCCAUACACCUGCGCUGACUGCGGAAAGAGCUUCAGCCAAUCAGGGGCGCUUAAAAUCCACCGCCGCAUCCACACGGGCGAGAGGCCAUACAAUUGUGCCUACUGCGGCCGCGGUUUCCCGCAUCUGGCUGGAGUGAGGGCCCACCAGCGCACGCACACUGGAGAGAAGCCUUACAGCUGCAGCCAGUGUGGAAAGUGCUUCACCCAGUCGGGGGCGCUGAAGAUCCACAUGCGUAUCCACACCGGCGAGAGGCCCUUCAUUUGCGGCCUGUGCGGGAAGGGUUUCUCCAAUCGCUCAGGCAUCCGCUUCCACCACCGGACCGUGCACGGGAUCGUCACAGAGCCAAACUCAGUGGGACGCCCCAGCCUCGCUGGCGUCCCCAGAACUUCCAGUACAGAGCUGCGGCAUACGCAGCAGCCAGAAGCCUCCUCAGGCGGCAGCAGUUCUGGGCAGGCUACUGCUCGGCCCGGGGAGGAUGGCAUCGCUCGGAGCAGGGAACUUCCAGAGGACGGGGACGACGAAGCAAGAAGAUCCCUGCCCUACGCCUGUGAGGACUGUGGCAUGCGCUUCCAGGAUGCUCCCUCCAGAAACAAGCACCAGGCAGAGCAGCACUACUCUAAUGAAGAGGCGGAGACGGAAAAGAGGCCUGUAGAUGCAGCUAAGGAGCACACUUAGCAAUUCGGCUGAAGAUGGGAUUUAUAAAAUGUCUAAGGUGUAUUCUAAGGGAAUAUAUAUAUAUAUAUAUAUAUACAUACAGGGGUUGGACAAUGAAACUAAAACAAAAUGUGGUUUUAGACCACAAUAAUUUAUGUUUGGAUACAAUCCGGGUUAGCACCCGAACAUCCUCUUCAGACAGCUUCCUCUUACAGCGUCCACAGUUAAUCCUGUUGGAUGUGGUUGGUCCUUCUUGGUGGUAUGCUGACGUUCCCCUGGAUACCGUGGCUCUUGAUGCAUCACAAAGACUCGCUGUCUUGGUCACAGAUACUCCAGCAAGACUUGCUCCAACAAUUUGUCCUCUUUUGUCACCCAUAAUGUUAUAGUGUGCAUUGCAAUAUUUAGAGCAGAACUGUGCUCUUACCCUGCUAAUUAAAUCAACCUUCACACUCUGCUCUUACUGGUGCAAUGUGCAAUUAAUGAAGAUUGAACACCAGGCUGCUCCAAUUUAGCCAUGAAACCUAAAAUCCCACACUAAAAUGAGACAGGUGUUUCAGUUUCAUUGUCCAACCCCUGUAAAUUACAGAAUUCUGACAGAAAAAUAAGAAAAGUGAAGUAUUAAAGGAGGUUCUGAUUAAGGAUGGUUGCCCCCUAGUCCUGAUCUUAGAUCAGUAUUCAGUAUGUGUACUGAAGAUAAUAUAAUAUCAAAUACAGUUUUUGAUGGUGAGUGUUGAUGUAAAUACGUUUUGCACCUUUGUAUCGUCGCUGUUGCGCCAAAAUCUUCUAUCUUUUAAUCUUCUAUCUUAAUAAAUGAGAAGAACUCAUUAUGAUCAAAUACGGUUUAUCUGCUUUGAUUUAAAGCAGUGUUUUUCUUUUAUUAAUGGUUUAUUUAUUAACAGAUAUUUAAACAUUUUUAGAUUUCGUUCCAAUAUCAGGAUUUUUUUGAUAAUUAAAAUUUCCCAGGCUAAAAUAUUUUCAUUUUAUUAUUAUUUUCAUUCAGGAAUAAUUUCCAGUUAUCUAAAUCUGGCAAUUGUUUUACAUUGACUUCCAUUAAAAGUUGAGGUUAAGGUUUUUUUUUCUUCUGAUCAGGUAUAUUAAAUAUAUAAAGAUAUAAGAUUUUUGUGCAACAGCGAUGAAAUGUGUCUAUAUGUGGCCUUAAAAGAACAAGACUUUUUUUCAAUUGCACUUUCUAAAUUCAGAAAUCAAUGACGAAUGCUAUUGGUAGCGUUGAAAUUUAUUUUAGAGCAUAAAAAGUAAAAUAAUCUGCCAAAUGAAAAAAAAAUCACUCACACAACUAGUAUAUAGAAGUGCUAAUAUAGCGGCACUGUAUACUUCAUGUUCUCCAUAUCUUUUAGUAAAGACUGAUCUCACUGUAAUAGCUCCUCUGCAAACUUUUAAUACAGUUUUGAUGAAUAGCUCUAUUCCGCUAAAUGUAAUUACAGGCUUCAUGGGUAAUUUCUAAGGCGGAAUGUACAGCAGGUAAAUCACAAGACCGGAGCUGUUACACUGAAGCAUGUCAUUAGGUGCGGGUUCUUAAUGGCGCUGGUCGUAAUAGGAAUCUCUAAACGGAUCUGGACUGCCUCUUGUUAACCUCUUGUAUUCUGGCUUUGAAAUCUGUGGAGCAAAGUCUCUUCUGGAGCUGCAUUUCUCUUGUAUGUAGCUGUUGUUACUUGCAAGUAAGUAAUCGAUGUGGUUUGGACUACUGUCCAGCGUCUAACGAGUUGCAGAUACAAUCUUCUUAUUAACAGCAUUGCACUACUUCGAUAAGUCCCGUUCAUCUUGUUUUAUAUAUCUGCGUCGAUGGGCGUGGUGGUCUGGAAGUAAUGUGUGUUUAGAUAAAUUUCUAGCAUAUUGCUAUCUUAGCAGAGGAAAACACAGGUGCGCCACUGACUGAUUAAAACCCUGACAACAGUCAACAGUCAGACGUUCUCUGUUUCCUCAACACAUCCUCUCGUUACACACAAAAUGACUGUAUGUUUCAGUAAAUGACCUACUCACGCACUUUCACAGCAUAAACGUGCAGGUCACUUUCCUCUGCUAAAACAUGCAAAAGCGCUGCGCUGUUAAGAUACGAAUGCGCCAAAGUCAGAGCUCACCUGCUUCUUAAAGGGAAUGGUAAGUGUCAUGUUGAUUAGUUUAUUUUACUUUUCGAUCAAAACACACCCCUGAUUAAUUAAGAGAAUGAGUACAUGCCUUUUGUGUAUUUCGAGCUGUGCAAGGUGUACUUUUCCUGUCGUUACGAUAGCAAAGACACACUGACACGCCCUUAAUCAGACAGUGUAAAUGUCGGCUUGUUUGGAAAGCACAGCAACUCGGUUCUAAAACAUCAGCUCACAGACGCCUUGUGCUGGUAUAGUAGUGACCCCACCCACCCAGAGAGCAAGACAAUUGUGCUCUCUCAGGGCUCUGGCAGCUGAUGGCAAGCUGCAUGACGGGGAUUCAAAACGAUCAACGAUCUCCCGAUCAUAGUGGCAGCGUUUUAGACUGCUGGACCACUCUGCGUCCACUUUUAGGGCUUUUAAAGGGUUAAAAAAUCAAACUUAAACAUUUUGGAACCAGUUAUAUUGAUAUCCCGUAACCCCGUGUUCACACUGGCAGGCGACAAAUCACUUGUGUCGCCCCAUGGUUGUCUCUUUUAGGUGUGUUUGAGGCUGUUCGUAAAGUGUCGCAAGUGGGUGGGUGUUUAUCGGCGUGGGCGGUUAGCAUGCUAGCAAGCUACAUAUUGAGGAUAAUUUUGUUUAGUAUGAAUUAUUUGUUAUUUCACUUUUUUUGGCUGAAAAUAAGUUUAUUUUGCCAUGUCAUUUCACUUGCCAAAUAUUUGUAUUUAUUUUAUUUAGGUCAUGCUGUUUGCUGUGUGUUUCUUUCUGUAGAAAAAAUAUUUUAGUGUUUGAGUAGAUUUAGAUUAGAAGAUGUUUAGUUAAAAAUUAAGUAAAAGCACUAUACACUAUAUAUUUAAUUUGAUUUGCUUUUGAUUUGGCUUCUUUCUCUGGCUGAAUUCUGAUUGGCCCACAUCCUUAUCACUCAGAACUGUGCCAGCCAGUGUGCAUAUCUGUUUUUUUUUUUUUUUUUUUUUUGCUGUGUUAAAAUGUACAAGGCCUUUCUUUUUGUUGGAUGAGUUUUCUCUCUGCGUUUUUUUAGAGCAUUGUUUCUAUCAACACAUUUAAAGCACUUUUUUUUAAAGUGAUCAUACAUUUUCUGUUUAUUUUCACAUGUUUUCCAGUUUAAUUAAAUUUAAAUAAAUUUGAAUUAAGCUUAUUAAGCUUGUUAAUAAUAGAGGAAAUACUAAACUAAUGGUGGCCACGUAAUGGGGGUCUUAUCAUGUGAUAAAGGGUGCACCAGUAUUGGAUGGUACUAGAAAUGGAAUGGAAAAGGCUGUAUCCUGCAAUCUCUCUCUAUUUUGUGUUUUAUUUGAAUGGGUUUUUAAAAUGUACUGGAAAUGUGGACAUAAAAACAUUUUAUAGAUUUAUAUAAUAUCUUUCUUAAUGUCUUUUUUUAUUAAAUAUAUUUCUUAAUGUCACCAAAAACAAACACCAGAGCACCAGAAAUGUAAAAAAAAAAAAAUAUCAGCACAUUGAUGGUUUCCACAGAAGUAGUAGAAAGUUACCCCAAACAUACCAUUUCGUCUUAUUAGACAGCUCAACUGAUGUAAUAUUACAUCUUUUUUGGACUUUUAAAUUGUUUUCCCCCCAAAUGGUUUGAUUUUUUUUACAAUAACGUACAAUAUAAUCAUGUUCUAAAGAGAGAUGAAUGUUUAUGAGAGUUGAUUGUCUUAUUUCUGGCACAGGCAGGGAAUUGAACCCCUGUCUAAGUCAUGCAGAGAGAGCAUUGAUGUUCCCACUUCUCUAUUCCCAUUAAAGCUGGUAACGAUUCUGUAUUAAUUUCGAUUUUAUUGUACCAUCUAUCAAAAGACGCCAUGUGGUGAAGCUCGGUGAUCUUGGACUUACAGUUGACUGGCUGACUUGUUUCAUCAAUAAAUGAAAUGAGUUGAUUACAUUCUCUCCAGCCGUCUAGAGCAAAGGUCUUCAGAUCAGAACCUUUUCAGCUUCAGCUGCUGGAUCCUGUAAUGAACAGAAGAUACAACCCAAGGCAGCCAAUCAAUUUUGUCAAAAGGAAAGUUGGUCAGUGAUAAAGGUCAGAAUCCAGAUCCUGGAAACAAUGAACGUAAGGUUAUGGUUUGAAGACCUCUGGUCUGGAGUAUGUACAGUGCUGUGAAAAAAAAAAGAAAGUAUUUGUUUUGCUCUUUGUUUGCUGAUGUGUCACAUUUAGUAUUCAUAUACAGCUCUGGAAUAUAAUCAAGAGGAAGAUGGAUGAUCACAAACCAUCAAACCAUCAAACUGAACUGCUUGAAUUUUUGUACCAGGAGUAAAGCAGCAUAAAGUUAUCCAAAAGCAGUGUGUAAGACUGGUGGAGGAGAACAUGAUGCCAAGAUGCAUGAAAUGCAUCUUGCAUUAUUUGAGGUCUGAAAGCUCUGUAUCUUUUUUUUUAGUAAUUUCAGUCAUUUCUCAUUUUCUGUAAAUAAAUGCACUAAAUGAUAAUAUUUUUAUUAAGAAUUUGGGAGAAAUGUUGUCCUUAGUUUAUAGAAUAAAACAGCAAUGUUCAUUUUACUCAAACAUAAACCUGUAAAUAGCAAAAUCAAAAAAACUGAUUCAGAAACUGAAGUGGACUCUUAUUUUUUUUCCAGAGCUGUACAUAAUAUACAGCAAGCAGAAAACAUUACUGUGCACGAAUCUUGGUCCAGUUUUCUUUGUAAAAUUGCUUUAAUUUAAUUUCACUAGUUUGUGAGCUUUUUAAAUAUUAUCCCCUUGUUUAUUACACCUUAAUCAACUUCCAUUUUUUCAGCUCCACCCAGCAUAUACAGUAUGAUGGAUAAGAAUUUGCCAACUUACAUGUUUCUUUAGUUUUUGCUUUCGUCAUAUUUACAUACAUCACAUUAUAAAAAACUUCAAUAUCAGACAAAAAGAACCUGAUUUUUGCUGAAAGUAAAAGAUCUCAAUAAUUAAUGAAAAAAAAAAAACACUCUAAAUCAGCCUGAUCCUUUGUGGAAAAAAAAUGUAAUCAAGAAUACACUUACAUAUAUAUAUAUAUAUAUAUAUAUAUAUAUAUAUAUAUAUAUAUAUAUAUAUAUAUAUAUAUAUAUAUAUAUAUAUAUAUAUACUGUCUGACAACAUGAAGCAUAAAAGAUAAAAGAUCUCAAAAAGCAGCAUGUUUUGCCUCAAUCUAAAGACAAAUUCAAAAUUUCAAUUCAAAAACAGAUGAGAAAACAUGAAAAGUCAUUGAUCAUCCAUCAGACAGGAAAAGGUUAGAAAGUCAUUUCUAAAGCUUUGGAACUCCAGUGAACCACAGUGAGAGCAGAGCAGAGUUAUUAUUUACAAAUGGAGAAAACAAGGAACACUUUUGGAACCUUACCAGGAGUGAACUACCGAAUGAAAUUAUUCCAAAAAGGGCAUGGACAACUCAUCCAGAAGGUCACAAAAGAAGCUAAAAUGGUUUUGGAGUGAGUCAAAAUUUUUAUUAAUAUGCCGUGGCAUGACUUUUAACAGGCUAUUAAUGCAAGAAAAAUCUUCAAUGUGGCUGAAUUAAAACAAUUCUGUAAAGAAGAGUGGAACAAAAUUCCUCCACCGAGAUUUGAAAGACAGUUGUUGCUGCCAAAAGGGUGGCAGAAUCAAGUUAUUAGGUUUAGGGGCCAAACACUUUUUUCACACAGGGCCAGAUUGGUUUGGAUUGAUGUUUUUUCCUUUAAUAAAUAAAAUUAUCAUUUGAAAACUGCAAACUGCAUUUCUCUACAUACUUUUAUUAUCCUUCUUUCAACCUACGUUACCAUGCAUUACCACACCACCACCACCAUGCCAGUGAGCAGAGAAACAGGAGGACUACAAUCUGUAAUUAUAGAACUACAUAUGGCUCCUUUAUGCUCAUUGGAGCUGAUAAGAUGGACAGUGAAGUACUUUUUUUUACAGCACUGUAUAAUAUAAUGUUUAUUCUUGUAACAUUAUUUUCGAUGUUUUAUUUGAUUCGGUCACUGUGUUCCUGUAUUUUACUGUAUUUUACUGUAAUGCUCAUGAUCUGAAUUGUGCCAGAGGUCUUCUUUUGUUACAGUUAUCUUUGUACCUGUACUGUAGGUGUAGCUGUUGACCACCGUGCACUCCGGCAACCGUCCGCUCCAUCUGUUACUGUUUUAAUAAUAAACCUAAAUAAAUAGA